AUGACUUCGACACCACUCCCUCCUGUCGUCUUCGAGAAUGUCGCCGCAGACGACAUCUCUGAGGCAAUGCUCGUUGAGGCUGCAAACCUGUUUUCAAAUUCGUACGGUGUCUGGGGACCUAAUGCAGAGAAAAAUAUUGGGCCAUUCGCAAAGCAAGGUCGCCGUGUCCGGAUGAGUCCCGCCCGCCUGCGCCAGCAGUCUUUGCCCGCAAAUGCAAACAACUUCCACACUCGAGCCACAUGCGGAGGCGAACUGGCUGGCUACGUCUUUGCAACUCGUUGGAACUAUGCAGGCCGGGAAAUAUGUUGGAUUACACAGCUCUGCAUCGACCCAAAAUACCGACGCCACCGGCUCGCUACCGGACUGCUAUUGAAGCUUCGUGAGGGCAAGGACGACGGAGGCUUUGGGAUCCUCAGCUCUCACCCGGCUGCUGUCCUCGCUGCACUCAGAGCGUUUGGCAGAGGAAUCGAGGAGGUUGAUUUGAAGAUGGCAAGAGAACAUGCCCGCGCAAUCAUGGACUGUAGCCCUGUUGGCUAUGUCAAGGAGGCGGUUCUGCGAGGAAGUUUGUUCAAGACUCAUGGAGAAGACAACGUCGUCUGCUGUGCCUACACCAACUUCUGGGUUGACCAUACAGAGCCUCUAGAAGUGUUGCAGGCCGUCAAGGCACGUGGAAUAGACUGGCCAUUUGGUGAUCUGCCCGACGGCUGUGAGUUUCUGGUCAUGGUCAAAGGUGGACAGGUGAAUCAGGAAGGCGAGCGCAUUCGCAAACAGCUCCUUUCUUCAGAAUCCGAGAGUCGUCACCAAAAUGUUGCUGUACUGUCCAAGGUGGAGGGAGACCCGAACGACGAUUUCAAGGGCUAA